CAAAAACAAUCGCAGCCUGGGAAGGGGUUUAGAAUUCUUUGCAUCAGCUUAAGAAGAUUUAACAACUCUGAAUUCUGUCCAGAAGGAAAAGGUUUGAACACUCAGUGAAUCGCUUGUGAUUGCAACUGUGGGAUCAGAUAAACUACAGGACUUUAUACUUGCUGAGAAUUGGCUCAAAGGUACAAGCUUCUAAAGAAUGAAGAUUUUGAUAAUGAUUGAUUUUGUCCUUGCAGCUAACUUGAUGGAUGCCAUUGGCAGCUCUGAUCUACAGAACUGUUUGCAAGAGCAGAUACGACUUCAGGGCCAGGUGAGGCUCCUGGAACAUCGUGUGAAACAGCAGCAGUUAAAAAUUAUACAGCUUUUAGAGAAGAAAGAGAUUCAGUACAGUGACAGAGGAGAUGAAAACAGUGUCAUUGACUUGGGAGGAAAAAGGCAGUAUUCAGAUUGUGCAGAAAUCUACAACGACGGCCAUAAGCAAAGUGGAUUUUAUAAGAUGAAACCUAUCCAGAGUCCUACUGAAUUCCUUGCCUUCUGCGACAUGUCUGAAGGGGGUGGUUGGACUGUUUUUCAGAGACGUUAUGAUGGCAGCGAGAAUUUUGAUAGAGUCUGGACUGACUAUGAAGAAGGCUUUGGAAAUUUUGUUUUGGCAAAUGGUGAAUAUUGGCUUGGAAAUAAAAAUCUUCAUUAUUUGACUAAUCAAGGGAACUAUACUCUAAGAAUUGACCUAACUGAUUUUGAAGGAGAACGGCGUUUUGCACAAUAUGCAAGAUUCAGAGUUGCAGGUGAAGAGCAUUCUUAUGAGAUGAGCUGUGGUGAAUACUCUGGCACAGCUGGUGAUUCCCUUACUGGUGGAUUUCAUCCUGAAGUAAAAUGGUGGGCUGAUCAUCGAGGAAUGAAAUUCAGUACUAGAGACAGGGACAAUGACAACUAUGAAGGGAACUGUGCUGAAGAGGAAAAGGCUGGCUGGUGGUUUAACAGGUGUCACUCGGCCAACUUGAACGGUUUGUACUACAAAGGCCCCUACACAGCAAAGACAGACAACGGGAUUGUUUGGUACACUUGGCAUGGGUGGUGGUAUUCUCUGAAAUCCGUUGUCAUGAAGGUCAGACCAGCAGCCUUUGAACCUAAUAUUUUUUAAGUAUUUUAUUAAGACAACUUAUCUAGUUAAUCUUUUAGCAAAUCAAUCCAAAUUAAAACAGAUGGGCAGCUUUUUGCUUCUCCUUAUGCAUAUAUAAAUCCGGAAUAAUUCCUCUGCAACCAGUAACUUUAUGAGAUGUAAAUGAGAAAACAAUCUAGCCUAUGCAUCUGUAGAUACAAAUACUAGUGCUAAUAUGUGUACAGGAUUUUUUUUUUUAAAAGGUAGUUGUUCACCCAGGAAUAAGGACAUCUUCAUCAACACAGAGGAUUUUUGGCUUCUGCAGUAAAUACAAAUCCUUUCACCUUUAAAAAAGCCAAUAUCGUCACUGUGUUGUCUCAAAACCAAGAAUUAUUUGUACCUAUUUCAACCAAGAAACUAUUUAAAUACAAGUGUGAGGCUGGUUUACUCAGUGGAUGGGACAUACUUUCUUUGGUGUAAUUUGAGGCUUUAGAAGUGAGUUGACUGUAAAUUCCUCUGAUUUAUUUUUCAGUGCUCUAGAAAGCUAUUUGAUUAAAUGUAAUCCAUUUCUGCUAAGCAGAUGCAAAUGAUAAUUUUAAAAACCACAAGUAUCUGAGCCAAACCUGGGCACUUUCAUUUUCCAGCUUUCCUGAAAUAAUUUUGUUUUCGUGGUUGGACUGCCAGUCUCUCUCCCUCUGUCCAAAUACAGCUUUCAAGCCUGGCAGUCAAUUUCAGUCACACUUAACAUAAGUGAAACUAACUUUUGACAAUCUGCCAGUCAAUUCAUAACUACAUUGAUACCAAGAGAGGUUAGCUGAAUGAAAACUCACUCCAUGGCCAUUUUUCCUCCCAUUUCCAUCCUCCAAAACCAAAACUUCGGCAAGAAUCCUUGAAAUAACUGCAUUGAAUAAGGGAGGGGGAUUUGUAAAAUAAUGGGGAAAAACAGAGAGGUUUAUAUGAAACAAUCUCAUUCAGUAAAGUAAGUCAGAUUACACCUAAACAACAACAAAAAAAGGUCAUUAAAUAGGGAAAAAAUGAGGUUCAGGCAGCUAAGAAGAAUAUUAUUGUGUGAAAAUGGUGCUGAUAAAAUCUGCAGUAUAGAGGUUUUUUAGGUCUGUGCUUUUUGUGGUAAUAGCAGGUGUUCUAAAUAAGCUGAUUUUUUGGUGAUGUAUCAAUACUGUGCUAGAGAUUACUAGCCUGUAGCACAUCCCUGUACCCUUGUAUGGGAGGACCAACUAAUAGCCCUAGAGCUGCUUAUUUGGAAUCUUCUUUAAUCAGUUACACCAAAUCAAAUUCUGUAUCUGUCAGGAAGGCAUACAAACAUAUAUAUGUGUGUGUAUGUAUAUAUCUAUAUAUCUAGAUACUGACAAAUACAUAUUCAGCAUUCAACAUUAAAGCAGAAUGUCUGAUAUGUAUUUUUAUCCAAUUUUAUUACAGAAUUUAGAAUUGAUCUCUGUGAACUCUAUGAGCAGGUCUGUAGGUAUGGGUCAUUAAUAAUAGGAUGGAAGUUUUGGAGUAGCUUAAAAAUAUGUUGUAAGUACAGUAUUUCCCAUUAUGUUUUUCAAAUUCUUCUGCUACUCUAAGAGAAUGAUUUAAUUAUUUAUAAAAAUAUGAAGGACAUUGUGUAGAAAUUGUAAAAACACCCUUAGUUUUUCACAGGAAAAUGGAAAGAUUACCUCAUGUAUUUGGAAAGUAUCAAGGCAGAUCACAUUCCACAUAAGUAAAAUAAAAUACAUGGAGGAUUUAAGUACAGCAAAGAUGGAUCUUUAGCACUCAAAAAAGACUCUUAGCAUGUACAGAUUGUGCUCCUAAAAUCUGCAGGGUUUUUUUGUUGUUGUUUGCUGCAGCAUAAAUCUAUCCUCUUUACUUACAAGUAUGCUAAUGAAAUCUUUCAGCUGAGAUAGGAUGCUUUUGUCUUAUUGUGAUGUAAAAUUUUACUCCCUUUCUCUAUACAAAAUAAUAAAAUGAAGGAGGAUCAAAUCUUUCUUUGUACAUCUUACAGUGUAUUUAUAUGUUUAUUUGAACUGAAUGUUCUUCAGAACAAAAACUUUGAUAUCCUAGCUGCGUGAAAAGCAUCUACCAUACUCCUAUCACUAUGCAAAUACAGUAUUUAAUUCCCA